UAAGUAAGCAAGCAAGCAAGCAAAGCUGGGAAGUGGCAGGCCUUAAUCUAUUCUUGGCAUGCUAAGAAGGGAUGGAGCUUGCAACUGUCUGAGCCAGGAGGGCACCGGCGUAUUUCUUCUUGUUUCUCGUAAGCUGCUGUCUGGUUCCCUGGAGGCUAAGCUGGAUCGACCGCUUUGAGAGGCACCGGACCCAUUAGCUGGAUUUCAGUCGGAGAGGUUAAGAGCCCAAGGAGAGGCAAUGGCAGAGAGGCAUCGAUGCAACCAAGCCCGGGACUUGGCAGCAAUCCCUGGACCAGCCCAUAAUAAGGAGAGUGAAAAAGCAACCCUAAAACCCCCAGGUCCCCUUUCAUCUUGGAAACUAAGCUGGGUUAGCCCUGGUUAGUCCUCGGAUGGUAGACCGCCAUGGGAUGCCAGGAGCUAUCAGUUCUCCCUUGACCAGCCCUUAAUAAGUAGAGAGUAUGAAUACCCUAAAAGUACAUAAAAGUGAGUAAAUAUCCUAAAAGCACCAAAUCGCACAUGAUCUUGGAAGCUAAGCAAGGUCAGCUCUGGUUAGUCCUUGGAUGAGAGACCACCAAGGGAUGCCAGGAGCUUUCAGCUCUCCCUGCACCAGCCCAUAAUAAGUAGAGAGUAUAAAUACCCUAAAAGCACCUGAAAGUCUAUAAAUACCCUAAAAGUACGUAAAAGUGAAUAAAUAUCCUAAAAGUACUAGGUUGCAUGUGAUCUUGGAAGCCAUUUAUUUAUUUGGUUUAUAUCCCACCUUUCUCCUCGGAGGGGACCCAAGUAGAGGGAAUAAAUACCCUAAAAGCACCAGAUCCCAUCCGAACUUGGAAGCUAAGCAGGGCCAGCCCUGGUUAGUCCUUGGAUGGAUGACUGCCAAGGGAUGCCAGGUGCUGGAAGCUCUAUUUCAGAGGAAGGAAUGGGAAAACCACCUCUGGCUAUUGCUUAAAACCCUAUGAAAUCUGUUGGGACACCAUAAAUCUGACAGGUGACUUGAAGGCACAAACACUCACAAGAUCUGAUCUUGCUUCCAUUUCUCUGCAAAUGCUGCAGGGUGCACCUUCAAGAGCAUGGAGGAAAAGGUGAAUUCUUGGACUGCCACUCCCAGAAUCCCCCAGUCAACUCUGCUUCCACAUCUGAGCUUGGUCCUUUUCUUCCAAAUGUUGCAGGCUGGAACUUCCAGAGCAUGCAAAAAAGCUGUGCUGGCUGGGGGAUUCUGGGAUUGGCAGUCCAAAAAGAAGAACCUCCCCAAGCCCAAUGAAUCCCAGGUCCUGUAGGUUGUAGGAAGGAACUGGCAAAACCAUCUCUGAAGAUUCCUUGACUGAGAAAAUCCUCUGAAAUUCAUGAGAUCAUCAUAAGUUGGCAGGUGACUUGAAGGCACAUACAAUUGCUAGUUAUUUAGUGCUUCUGUCUCCAAAGUGCUUUGCAAAUGCUAACUCAGCCCUUUGCUAACCAGCUUCUGGUAAUGUGUAUCAAUGCAUACAGGGACAUUAGGAAGCCACGAGGAUGGGAGAGAAAGAGAGAGAUCCUUCCCAACAAGUUGGGUUAAAUCCCAAAGACUAACGAGAAGAGCUUUGCAAAGUUCCCUAUUUUGGACUGCAAUAUAUUUCAAGAAAUAAUAACAAACAAACUGCCCAGCAAGUUCCUGGUCCUGAGUAGCUCAUUACACACUGCAGAAAUGAUCCUGGUUGACAGAUGUUUUGGACUUCAGCUCCCAGAAGCCCCAGCCACCUUGGUCAACAAUUAGGAAUUCUGGGAGCUGAAGUCCAAAACAUGUGGGCGACCAAAGUUUGGAAUACCACUGAGUUAAUUUAUCCAUUCCUAUUACUUCAGAUAGGUGUGAGAGUGUUUUGUUGACUCUUUUUCCAUUCCCUCUCUCCCAGAUGGCUCUCAGAACAGCUCUGCCUCCUCUACAUCCAGCAGUGGUGAGAUCUUGACCCCUCUGCAGAUCUCUCCAGUGGUGACACCUGACUGCCAAGCUGAGCUUCCAAUGGAUUCCUCCCUUUGUGCUCAAAGCGUCCAGGUCUUCCUACCAGGGAAGAAAGAAGACCGACCUCAGCCCGAAGGAGCCAGCUGUGAUGCUGCCAUCGGUGCCACCGCAGCCGGUCUGGUAGCCCUGAGCGAAUGCGGCCAGGUCAUGAUGGAAGAGGCCCCUAAGACCAAUAAGGUGGUCUCCAAAGGUCUCGGAGAACCUCCAGGAGUGGACACCCUCGAUGCCAGGAUAGUUAUGGGGGAAGAGACGCAGUGCAUGGAAGAGGAGGAAGAUGUUGAAGGGGGAGAGUUGCCUACUGUCCCUGUGCCACCCAAACCUGGCACCCUGAAGACCAGGCCUGGUGAGGAGGAAGAGGAGGAGGAAGAAACAAGUGAUGUGGAAGGGCAGGCUCUGGAAGCUGCAGAAGAGCUCCAGUCAAAGCCUACAAUCCACCCGAUCGCAAAGGACUUGAACAACCGGCAAGUGUGCCUCUCUCUGCCCAGCCUCCUGAAGCAUUCGGAGCAAGAGGUGGCAGUGCCAGCCUCAUUCUCUCAGGGCGAACCUGUGGCUGACGUGCCUUCCCCUUCUCCCAUGCUUACCAAAGACCCUUCCUUGGAGCCAGCCGAAGGCCAGCCCUUGCUGGUCAAGCAUGCCGGUUGUGGUGGCAUGGACCCAGAGCUCUACUUCACAGCUCCGUCCACUCCCAUCCGGACUGUGUUUUCCCACCUCAGGCAGCAACCGCAGCAGCAUCCUUUCCCUAAAGAGAGCCUCAGCGAAGAACAGAGUGACAUGGACAAUGAAGGCCUGGGCUCGCCCCCCACCUCCCCCUCGGGGUCCUACAUCACAGCUGAGGGGGGCAGCUGGGCUUCUUCGGGCACCGCCAGCACCUCCCCUUCCUGCUCCCCAAAUCUGAUCGCGGAGUCGGAAGCCCUGGAGUUGCCGGAUUUGGAGAGCGAGGUGACCUUCCAGACCCUGUCUCCCAGCACUUUUGUCCACGCUUCCUUCCCUGCACCAGAGGACGAGGAUGAGGAUGAUGGGCAGACGACUCCUGGAGAGGAUGAAGACUGGGCCUCUGAGACAGUGACAUGUAGGCUGGUCCUUCCAAAGCCAGAGCGGAGUGGCCCCUCUUGGCCAAAGAGCGGAGAAGAUUCGGAAGACGAUGAAGCCGUGCUGAGCUCUAGUGCCUCAGCAGGCCACAAGAUUUUCAAGAUAGAGAACUUGCCUUCUUACCAAACCAUGAAGGGGUUUGCAGGUUCUGAACCCAACCCUUUGUCCUGUUCACUUGAUGCCUUCUCUGGGCCUCCUCCUGAGUUCAAUAGCAUGUCCAGUGUGAGUCCUUCAGAGGCUGACAGACCUGACACAGAACAAGAAGAGAUGGCGGCUUCCUCCCCUGAUGACGGGACAGAGAAUACUGAGAACGACCAGAUGAUUUCUGCUUUGUUGCUGCCCUUCCGUGGCAGCCUCCUCUUUGAGGCAGAAUCCAUGGAGAUCACCCUCUUCCCCCAAGGGGAAUCGGUGGAAAAUGACACCCUCUACGGCGCCGAGGAUGAAGACAGCACCUCAGCCUCCUUCCUCCAUUCUCUCUCGGAAGCCUCCAUCAACGAAGGAGUGGAUGAGUCCUUUGCUUACCAGGAUGACACCUCUCCAUCCUCCGACUCGGCCUCUUACAACGGAGAGGAAGAUGAGCGGUUGUAUAGUGUGGAACAGUAUGCUGUGGUUGCAGAAGAUGCUCACAAAGAGGACGAGGCUCCCAAGGGAGACCUAGAACCCGGACAUUUACACUCAGGCAGUGAGAGCGAGAUGGAGACCUCAUCGGAUGCAUACAAUACAGAUGAGGAAGAAGAUGCUCCUUCUGUGGGUAAGGAAGCCAAGGGAGAACUAGGAGAGGAAGAACCCUUCCCAGGUGAGUCCAAAGCAGACGAUGCCAAUCCGGAGGGCCAGAUCGAUGCUCAAAGCCCUCAUGAAAAGGUCACUACCUCCACACUACAAACUGCAACACAGCCAGAGGGCUCUGGUGAUUUGUCUGAGAAUUCAAGAGGCAGUAGCAUUUCUCCUUCUGGGCAUGGACAGAGGUUGUCUUUGGAGCAAGGCACUGCAGCAGCUCCUGGAGCAUUGAGCCACAACACCAAUGGUGAAAGAGAGAAAGAGCCUCCUAAGGAGGAAGGUUCCUCUCCAGAACAUCUGUCUCUCUCGGAUGGGCAAGAGGCCCUCGAGAAAGACCUCCAUGACCCUGGGGAGUGUCUCAUUGCCUGCUUCGAUACAGAUGAUGAAGCAGAUGCGCUGCCUCCUUUGGACGAUUCUGCGGAGAUAUCUCUGCCAGUGGGCCAGAUUGCUGAAGAAUGGAUGGGACAGGUUUGCGCUGGGACAGCCAUCCCUCUCAGGUGGGAUCCAAAGCCGUAUCCUGUUGAGUCUACAGAGCUGACAUCUCAGGAGGUCAACGAUGCGUCUGCCAUUGAUAUCAGCGCCAGGCUGAAAGAAUCUGAGGAACGGCUGCUGGAACUCCUUGACCAAGACAGUGCCUCAGGGGGAGGUUCACUGGAGCUUGAAGGACACAAUGGAGGGACAUUGGACUCUGAGAGGGGGAAGGAGGCACCACCGUUUGUAUCCCUCCUUGAGUCCUCUAUGGCAGCCAUCUUGGAACAGCCUGAAGUGAUCCGGGCCGACAGCGAACCGACAGAGGAGUGCCUUAUAGCUUGCUUUGAGUCGGAGGAUGAACUUGAGGAAGCCUCGUCUCUUGAUCAGAUGAACAACAACGAGGACCGCGAAGCAGUGACCUUUUCUGAGGCAAAAACAGGCUCUCAGACCCUCCUGGGCCUAAACAACAACACACAGGAAAACGUACUUACGGAAGCCAGCGAGUUUCCCUUGGAGGCCAUGGCGCUACCUGCUCAGGAAACCCUUCUGCCCCAUCUAGAAGUUGAGGAACUCACUGAAAUCCAGAGCUGGGCCAUCUGUGGGAUCCAGAGAAGCUCAGGCGGACCUGAAAUGGAGAUCUACAAAGGACACCUCACCAACAAAGAGACAUCACUAGGGGAUGAUUUGGCUCCCAAACCCCUACAAGUAUGUAUGGAGACUGGCGAAGCCAAAGAGUCCAAUGCAAAAGAUGUCGAGUCCAUUGAAGACCAGUGCCUGAUAGGAAUGGGCAGCCAUCCUGAAGCAACAGCUGUGGAAGAAACCACAGAGAAUGAGACAGGCAAACAAAAUCAGCUUAGGGAAGAGGUUCCUACAGGAGAUGACCGACUGAUGGCAGCAGAAGAAGUUUUGGAGGAGCAACGGCAGGCGCUGUCGGAGGAAGGUGAUCUGGAGCAAAACUGGGAAGCACCCUCAGAGGAAGAGGAGGAUGUUUCAGAACCUGAGAGUGAAGAGCUCAGUGGAGCAGAUUCAGUGGCAGAAAUCUCUCUGGUGGAAGAGGCCAUUCGGUUGAGAGACCACCUUGAAGGUGAACGCUUCACAGGUGAUGCCCCGAAGCUGUUGGAAGCUGCCCACCAUCUGGUCAUUGAACAGCCAAACCUGAGAGACAGUAACAUGAAUUUGUUGCUAGCGCAGAAUAGCGAGUCUGCAUGUGUUCUCUCUGUGGGUGAAGCUGGCAGAGAUCCAUGUUUGACAGCGGGCUUUGAGGAGAAGAUGGUGCCCAAAGAGGAUGUGCUCAAUGCUGCUGAGGUGUCUGGCCAAACUGGUCACCCUGAGCCAGCUGACAGGAAAGAAAUUACUGAAUGUCCACAUGUGCAGGGUGCGGAUUUCCCAGAAUCCCAGGCAGCAACCAAAGAUGCUGAGAUAGCCAUCCCACCAGGUCCUGAGAUGCUUAGCUCUAUGGCACAUGUAGAACCAGCUGCAUCUCUGCCUUCUUCAGGUGACUACCAUCCUCCAGACUCCAAAGCUCAGGUAGUUGUGCCUUCUCCAGGAAGACCUCCUGCAGAAAACAUAGAUGCCGCGCCUUCUUUAGAUCAUGAUCUGCCCAGGCAACCACACCCACCGGUGCACAAGAAGACUUUUGCUGAGGCUCUCCUUCAAGGUCUCUUGCCCAUUUUGGAUGCUGAACUCACCAUACAAGAGAAAGACCCGGACAUUGCCUUAUCUUCCACCAAGCAGCCUGAGGUCUCUCCGUCCUGGUCUCCCUCGGAUUCCAGCUUCACCACAGCAGGCGAAGGUAGGUCUCAUGAGAGCACUCUGGUAGCUGUGUCCUCAGACUCUGAGAGGGAAGAGCUAAGGACACCUGAGCAAAUCUGGGGCUGCCCAACCCAGGUGGUGGAGGAAAGCCCUCCUACACAGGAAGAGGAGGCUGUAGCAUUUGAGAUGGAGGACCUGGUGGCUGAGGCUGAAGAUGCCCUAGCUGAACCUGUGGCUGCACCACUGAAGCCCUCUCCAGCAGAUGAAUCCUCACCGCAGAGCAUGGCUGUGUGUUUGCACCACAGCGCUCUUGCAUGGGCUCCUGGCUCACCCAUCUCACGCCGUGUCCUGACUCAGAUGGGUGCCGCCGCUGCAGCGGCCACUAACAACCAACAGCUUUUCUUUGCUUCUGAAGAAGAGAUCUAUCUGACCGAGCCCAAAAAUGCUCAGCAUGGUCUUUCCAGUGGAAAUGGAGAAAUGGAUCACACCUCUGCUGUAGAGAGUGCAGGUGUUGACCUGGACAAUUCAGGAACUGUUGUUGGAGAGAGUUCACUGACUUCCACUAGCCAGCUUGAACCGUCUGUGGCCUUGUUGGAGACCACUGGUGGAGUAGCAGAGUCUCCUGACAAUAUCACAGACUGGCAGCAAAUAUCUAGUCUGUUGCAAGGCUCCUUUGGGAACCUGAAGGAGCAGAGAGUGGGGAGCUCUCGUCUCAUGAGUAGCCAGCUCCUGGCAGAAGCACAAAGCCUCCGUGACAUCCUUAAGAAGAAAGUGGCAGAGAGUUCCUCUGCUGAACUCACACCUGAUUUGUCAGAAGCUGAGGAUCUGGAGCUUCCAUCUUCUUGUAAUGCAGCUGCUGGUCAAGAGCAAGAUGACUUACAACCUUGCAAGGAAGCAAGAGAUGAAGAAGACAAUCUGGAGGCAGAAAGACAAGAAGCUCCAUCUGGAGCAGAAGAGGUGUCUAUUCCUGCAAAGAUGAGGGAGAUGCCUGCUAGCCUGGUGAUAAGCUCUGGUUCAGGAGAAAAAGACAAACCUGCCUUGAAUAUUGUCUCCAUCUCUGGAGAAGACAAAGGAGAGGCAGCUGAGUCCAUUGAUGGAAUCCCAUCACAGCCAGAAGAGCUGUGGCUCCAGAGUCCAGAAGCUGACGUUGUGGCACAAGAGAGGACAGAGGAGGUGUUGGAAGAGAUUAGAUUAGGGGACACCACAGAGGAGACCAUGUAUCCAGAAGUGGAGAGUGAUGAUCAGGAAGAGCAAGAGGAAGAGCAAAUUCAUCCCGAUAAUCUCACUGCAAGAGCAGGGACCCCCACCCCUGGGCCUGCCUUGUUGUCCAUGGACUCCAUUGUUCCUCCUCAAUCCUUUGAAAGACCAUCACAAGAGUCUCUCACUGUGGUGUCUCUUUCACAGCCAGAGCAACCCACGUCUCCCGCCUUGGAGGAAAUGCCCAUCUCGCCCCCUCCUUCUCCAAGUUCUGUGCCCCAAGAAGUGCCUCCACCUUCACCACAGCUGCCAUCCUCUCCCUCGGAGAGCCGCUUCCAAGCCCCCGCUGCUGCCUCCUGGCUUAUGGGUCCCAUGGCUCGCCCGCCUGAGGAACACGCUCCUUCCAAGGAGACUCAACUCCUGCAGGACUCCAGGAAACCUCCUGUGGAAGCUCUCGAGGACACCAGACCCCUGGCACCUUCUCGGCUGGACCAGCAUCCCAGUGGCAAAGACUCCAGGGGCAGGAACCGUUUGCCAGGCAACAAAGACUCCCGAGGAAAGGGCUCGGCCUCCUCGGCCGGGGAGAAGAGAGUCGACCGAGGAUCCCUCGAGCUGGAAUUGAGUUCCUCCAGUGAGAGGGAACUGUCCUACCGCUGCCCAGAGAUCGAGAGCUUGAGGGAAGCGACUGGCGCAAUGCUCUUGGAUGAGAAGAAGCCUUUGGUGGGGAAAAGGAUCCAGGAGACCAACCACAAAGGGUCUUCGAACGACUCGGAAAGCAAUGAAGGCUCCAUCCCAGAACUGGAAGAGCCAGAGGUUUCUGAACCACGCACUCAGACGCAGGCACAGUUGACACACUCCUUGGGGACUGGCGAAGAGUCCAUCAGCAAAGCAAAACAGAGUCGGAGCGAGAAGAAGGCAAGGAAGGCCAUGUCCAAACUUGGUCUGCGGCAAAUUCACGGGGUCACCAGGAUCACCAUUCGCAAAUCCAAGAACAUCUUGUUUGUCAUAACCAAGCCAGACGUCUUCAAAAGCCCGGCAUCGGACAUCUACAUUGUCUUUGGAGAAGCCAAGAUUGAAGACCUCUCUCAGCAGGUCCACAAAGCGGCAGCGGAGAAAUUCAAGGUCCCUGUUGAGCAUUCGCCAUUGAUCACAGAGACAGCCCCAACACUCACAAUCAAAGAGGAGAGCGAAGAGGAAGAGGAGGUUGACGAAACUGGUCUGGAAGUGAGAGAUAUUGAGCUGGUCAUGGCUCAGGCGAAUGUCUCGCGUCCCAAAGCUGUGAGGGCCCUCCGGCACAACAACAACGAUAUUGUGAACGCCAUCAUGGAGCUGACUAUGUAGCAAUGGCUGGCAGGUCCACCCAGCCUCUCUCCCACCUUUCUGUAUAGAUGCACAGUUGCCCAUAUCCAAUACAGCUGUUGUACGUUAGGACUGCCAAUAGAUAGUCCCAACUAUUCUGCAUUGAUAAUGCUGCUCAAUAAACGGUAUAUUCACUUA